UUGCGUAUGUAGUACGCAUUUACAUAUCUGUCAGUAAACAAUCUUUUCGUUUGUGGACAUCUCAAAGCUCACCAUGACGAAAUAGAAAUGUUGGAACCAGAUUUUGGAUCCCUGAUGGAGGGAGAGCCGGGAUUGAUGCCCCAUGGGACAUGGAAUUUAGUGCCUUCUCCCUCCCGUUUUCUUCAUGGUAUAUCUCAUGUGGGCAACAGUGUUUCCUCCUGGUUAGAGAGCGGAAGACAACUGACAUCACGUGCACAAGAACUUGUAGCACCAGGAAUAUUAGCAUCAGAACCUAUGCAGAACACUUUAGGCGUUCCUUAUUUUCCGAGUGCUGGUAACGAGUUGGCCAGGCCAGAUGAAGGGGGUCUCCAUAAUGUUCCCCAUCCUGGUGUGCUAGAGAAUAUAGCCACAGCAUUCCAGAGACAAGAGGUGAUCAACAGGGUGCAUUCACAACUGGGCACUGUCAACUACCUUGUCAAUGUUGCAAACUACAUGAAGCACAAACAUGUAGAGCAAGCAGUGGUGGAAGGUCAUAGGCAGUUACAUAGGUUAUGUGAUAAUGUUCAGAGACAGGCAGUUGUCAUUGAUGAUUUGAAUAAUUCUGUGCAAAGUUUGAGUGUGGAAGUUGAUCUUCAGAGGCAAGUAUCUGACAGAUUGUCUACUUCCCUGGAUGCCCAGCAAGCUCUGUUGGAUGCCAGUAUCUUAGAAAACAGGGAAGCAAUAGAGAAACAAAACAGUGUCCUUGCAAAACAGCAAGAAAUGGUCAACAAUUUGUUACAACAGAGACUGCGUCAUGAUUUUUAUGUGGAUAGCGUGCUGGUUGGGUUUUGUGCAUAUGUUUGCAAUACAUUUCUAGUGAAGUUCCCUCUCAAAAUUGCUUUAACAGUGAUUCCUGUUAACAGAAGAACGAAAAAGUGGCUUGAUGGUUUCACAAGACUAAUGCUGGUGCUUUCAUUGAUCAAAAUUCUUAAAACUUGGAGUAUUAAAUGUGGACUUCACAAUAGUGUUGGAGGUCUGACACCGUACAUGAGGAAAGCACUCCAGCUGUUAGUGAGUAGUCUUCAAAACCAUAGAGAGGGACUUGUUGCUAGAUUUAAAAGGAAAACAAAUUCUCCUAAUAAAAGACCUGCCACUUCUACAACUUUGGAUUUGUGCUGAUCUUUUUUUUUUUUUUUUUCAAACUCGUGAGGCAAAAUGAAAGUAAUGCAGUUAGAGACAAUUUAAAUGUUCAUAGGUCAGCAGUUAUCAAAUUAUGUCACGCAGCCACACUGUAAAGUCAGGCAGUGCUAUGCAAGUAUCUAUAUAGUAAUAAGUCCCUGAAUCAUACACUGCUACCCUAGUAACAUUUGGCAGUAUUGUUGAAAGUGAAAAUUUUGAUACAAAGACAAUUAAAAGAUUUCAAGAGGGCUUCUUAAAAGUGAUGCAACAUCCAAGUGGGUACUGUACAGGUUCACUAUACAGGACAGUAUUGUUGUGCUCACAUCAGGGAACCAAACAUUUUCAAAAGUAUUUUUGCAAUGUAGCUGAGGGUAAUCUAAAUAUUUGUGCCGCAGAAUUAUUUAUCCAAAAUAACACAUAUCCCAGAUAACAGGCAGUGCUUUCUGCAGAUUUGUUACAAUAAUUUUGAUAAUGUUACACAUUGUAAUUUUUUAUUUCACAUUAAAGUUUUAUAACAGUUAACAAUACAAUUGACAUUAUUCCAUUUUCCAAUUAUAAAUAAUAAAAAUAAUAUUUACUUU